AUGGAAACUCCUUGGCCAUGGCAUUUCGUGACUCUUUCUGAAGAGGAGAAGCUCCAUCGCAGGGAGCUGCUGGAUAUACGGGGUGCAUUUGCGCAAUGGUCCAUCAUGAUAGUCAUCGUUCUCCUUCGAGUCAUCUAUCAAACCCAGAAAACCUUGUCUGAGAUGCAAAGCGGGGCGAAAACAACUCGAGGACCCGUCUCAUGGUUGGAUCGACCUCUGGUCGCUGGGUGGCUCGAAACUCGGAGGCAGUAUGCUGUGUGUGGCCUUUGGCUAUCAUGGUUAGUUGGCCUCUGCGUAUGGAAUAGCGGUGAUGUCCUUGUCAACAGCAGCUUACCUCCCGCAGAUUACCUUCACUUGACCAAGGCGCUAGGCCAUGUUGCUCUCUCUCAGAUUCCCUUGCAGGUAUUGAUGUCGCCUGCAGCAUACAUAUCCACCUCCAAGCCAUCUGCAUCAUCUAUCUUUUCCUUCAUUACCUCUGUUCCUCAAAGUACCGUUACCCCGUACCACCGGCUCUUUGGCCGUAUGGUUAUCUCGCCUUUGAUUUUUGGACAUGCCAGUCUCUACCUCUUGUUCUUUGUGCAAAAUAGCCACCCUGAGUUUGGCACGCUUUUGGCGAAGCGAGUGUAUGACUUCGAUGUGCAGUGUGGUCUUCUAGCGCUGUCUACGGCCGUCGCUUUGUUACUCUUCGUCCGGCCUCGUGGUACCACUCAGAAGGGAGCAGCUCGCGACCGGGCGGCCGCAGCUCGGUCUGUACAGGAUCGGCGGCGGACUUUCUAUCUGGUACAUGUUUCGUUGGUUGUUCUGUUAUCUGUCGCAGUUUACUUCCAUGUUGCCCAAGCGCAAAAGUAUAUGGUUCAAUCGUUUGGUGCCUUUGUGUUGAACGGGGUGGGUUCUUGGGUGGCUAUACGGUUGGAAGCUCGAGUAUAG